CUCAAAAUGGGACUUUUGUUGCUAUUUCGUUCAACAUCAUCGAUCCAGACGCUCUCGCUGCGGUCGCUGCGGUCGCUGUGGAGGGAGCCUUUUUUGGCUCCCCCCUCGACCAUCAUGCUCUCUUCAGUUAUAAGUCCCAUCAUGCCGACCGUGUGCUUCCCUGCUACCGCUGCUAUCCCCACCUUUAUCUCCUACUCUGGGCUUUCCUUUGUUUGCUGUGUCGACCAUGGCGCCUCGCUCCCGACCGGUUGGAUCUGACGACAAUGAGAAUCAGAUAGAUGCCAGCUCUGAUCUGACCAAGACAUUUUCAGAUAACGGAUCUGAUAGUGACUCCACCAGCGACCCGGAACUUGAUAGUGAGGAUUCGGAUGGUGAAGAGGAACCCAGCAACGAUAUCUCCAAUGAUGAGGGCCAGCUGCUUCCUGAACACUAUUUGACCCAAGCAGAGAGCUUGAAUGUCUCCCAGCUUCGACAGCAGCGGUACAGUGAUGGCACUCAGGAAAGACUCAAUGAGACCCGCAUGUACCGGAAUAGAUAUUGUCGGCAUAUUGGUGUCAACCCGGUACAGCACUGGCAAUGGAUCUCAGACUCAGAUGAGGCAGUCUGUUUCCUGUAUGCAUUCUUUGGCUGGCGGUGUGAUAUCUGUCACAGCAAGAAUGGUUGGCACUGCCCAGGCAUUGGAUUCAAGAGCUUGCUUGACUCAUUCUGGAAGCCAUGGCAUCUUGUUCUGAAACAGGAAACGGCGUCAGGACUGAGCAAAGUUAUAAUUGUCAAGGUGCAGGAUGUCAUCGCCAUUGUUGCCAAAGAGAAAGGCCUAGAGCUCAACCGGCGGCCAAAGAAAGAACAUGAAUAUUGAAGAUGUUGCUGAGUUUGCACGCGUUCUCUUGACCACUACUGAGAUGACAUUUGACUGCAGCUGGCAGUGUAUUCAGAUCCUUUUCUUCUGUCAGCUUGCAGUGACAGCUGCAAGCCGUCCAGGGGCACUCCUCCACCUUCACUAUCAGGACAUAGCGCUCACCCUGAUCUGAGAUUCAGAGGGCAGAUGCCCUUGAUUAUUUAUUUUCUUGAAGCCGGACUUCACGAAGAGGUUCCUUGGGAAGAAGGCUGUGAAUGAGUUUAAGAUUCCAGAAAUCAUCUUGAUCCAACUUUAGUCCUCAGUCCGCAUAUAUGCUUGCUGAGUAUGCUCUUUCAUAUCAAAGGCUUCAAGAACAUUUCUACAACUGGGCCAGUAUUGGGUUCCCCGGAGAAACUCUACAGCCUUGGGGUACUGGAUGGUGUCACGAGCUCG